CACAAUAUUAAAAUUUGUGCACUUUAUUGCAAUGUUUUAAGACUUUAUAUUAUCAAACGGCAACAGAUGAAUAGGAAAGUUGCAGAGCAGACGGGGAAAGAUUUGUUUCGGUUGUCUACGAAAAGGGAAGGAUUUUGUCAAUGCUUUUCGUAAGGGGAAGAAAUGCAGUACAAAUGACUAAAAUUAAACAAGUAAAAGCUUUGAAAUUUAUGGAAGCACAUCAUCUCCACUUUGUAUUAAAUCAUUGUUCAAUUGAUCCUUAGACUCUGAAAAAGAAAACAUGACUGAACAGAAUUCUCUUCCCAAGGAAGAUAUAGGAAAUGAAGACACUGAUGAGCCUAAUAAACAUUUUAAUUUCUUAAAGGAAAAUGAUUAUUAUUCAGAUGUUUCACAAGUGCAGAAAUUAAUAGACUCUGAUGAUUCAGAGGAAAAUUCAAAGCUUUCUGCAUUAUCAAAUCAUUUAAAAGAAUACAGUGAAUCACCUAGAACUAAGCUAUCAAAAUUUAUUCCAGAGUCUCCAUUUAAAAUAAAUGGAAACCUAUGUGAUAGUAAAAUUUUUGUUAAGACUGGGUCCUUGACAAAUGGCAAUAAAAGUUUCCAUGUAUCUCUUUCAAUGGAGGAUGAAGGUGAUAAUAAUGAAGUCAUAUUUUCUAAAAGUUAUGACUGUAAUGAUGAUGUUAUUCAGUCAUUUCAACAAAAUGCUGGUACCAUGACUCGGAGUGUAUCUGAGGAUAUUCUGCAGACAACAUCUGCAACGUUACAGCGAAGGAUAUCUGUUGUAUCAUCGAGUAAAGGAAAGUUGAUGGGAGUUCCCAGAGUUCGUCCUGGUGAAAAGCUUGUAAGAUCCCCAUCAACGACAUCUCAAACUCCUUUUGGAGGGCCCCCUAGAAUCUCCAGUACUGAAGAAAUACUGCCAAAGAAAGGAAAGUUUACCAAACAGCAAAAAUCUAUUGCAUUUUGCUUAUGCUUGGUGGAUUUUACAGCCUAUUUAAGCAUGUCUAUUAUUGCUCCAUUUUUUCCACGAGAAGCUUCUGCAAAAGGAAUGCGGGAAGCUGUAUCUGGAUUUGUUUUUAGUAUUUAUGCCCUAAUUAUCAUGGUAACCUCUCCUUUCUUUGGAAAAAUACUUCCUAAAGUUGGUGCUAAAUUCAUGUUUCUGAGUGGAGUUGGCUUUUGUGGUUCGUGUAAUGUUUUAUUUGGGUUGCUUGAUAAAGUGGAUGGUGAAGUAGAGUUUGCUGUUCUGUGUUUUGUUGUACGUUCCUUUGAAGCUUUGGGUGCUGCUGCAUUUUGCACUGCCUCCUGCACAAUACUCAUUGAUCAGUUUCCUGAUGAUAUUGGUACAAUAUUUGGUUUUACUGAGACAUGCAUUGGAAUCGGUAUGAGCAUUGGUCCUGCAAUUGGUGGUGCUUUAUAUUCGGUUGGUGGUUUUGGCUUGCCAUUUUUUGCCCUUGGUGGAUUUGUUGUACUUAUCGUUCCUUUAUGUUGGUAUAUACUGAGAAAUGUUAAAGAUCCUGCUGUAGUUUUAAAUCCAACUGUAUCCUACAAAAAACUUCUCUCAAUGCCUCAUGUUAUUGUUGUGUGUUUUAUACUAGCAGUUGCAUCUCAAGCUCAGGGUUUUAUUGAUCCUACAUUAGAACCUCAUAUGCGGCAGUAUAACUUAGAUACAGGUGUUGUUGGUCUUCUGUUUCUUUUAUUAUCUGGUGUUUAUGCCGUAUCUUCUCCACUUGUUGGUUGGAUUAGUGGAAGAAUGGAAAACAAAUAUCCAAUUAUGAUAUUUGGGCUAUCACUUAUUACCCUGUCCAUGCUUUUAAUAGGACCUGCUGAGUUUCUUCAAAUACAAGGGAGUGUAUGGUUAAGUAUAGUAGCUUUAGCUAUUUUGGGAUUUUCUUUUGCUGCUGCAUAUGUCCCCACAUUUGAAAGCAUGUUCAUUGCAGCUAUGAAUGGAGGUCUGGAGGAUGAUAUAAAUACAUAUAGUGUCGUUUCUGGUCUUUGGAAUAGUAUUUAUUCUCUUGGUGAAGUUACUGGACCAUCUUUGGGAGGUAUACUGUCAGAUUUCUUCACAUUUCCUGAAGCAUCAAGUUUAAUGGCAUUUUGUACUUUAGCAGCGUUUUGCGUUGCCCUCAUUGCAUGGAUGAAUCCUUGUGGCUGCUUUGGGCCCCACAGCCUUAUUGAAGAUGCCGAAGAAAAAUUGGCCUCUGCUGAGAUUUCUCAAGAAGUAAAUCGCGUUCCUUCUCGCGAGCAAACUCCCCUCCAAGAUGGGCAAGUUCAUUCUUACGGUAGCUUAUGGGAGGAUAAAAAGAACCCUGAGAUAUAAGUAUUGUGAUAUCUGCUUCUACAUAAGGAAACAUUUUGAAAAAUUGAAUGGUAGUAGAGCUGUAUAGUUUGAGAUCAUUAUUUUUUGCUCCCUGUUAUUUAUGUACAGGCAUUUCCUCUUGCUCAAUUUAGGGUUUAUUUUAGCUUCGUACUGGUUCUACUGGUCUGUAUAGCAAUCCAUUUGGGUGUUAGUGAUUAUUUUACAAAAUAUUUUACACUUGGCUUGUGUAUUAUUUACACUUGCCAAAGGUCUCAAUCUUCCUUUGCUUUUUAAGUUUUCUCACAUGAGAAAUUUUAAUGUCUAGGAGAUAAUUAAAAAAUACUCUUUUGAAAUUCUGCACCACUUUAUUUAUUUUCUGUAUUUGACCAGUUGAAGCCAUUAUAGAUAUACCUUGCACAUUUUACUACAAUAGUAUAAUUUGUUUAAAUUUUUAAUGACUUUAUCUCAUUGUUUAUAAUUUGUGUUAUCGUAUUAGCUCUACUGUGAUUUUGUAUAAUUUAUUCUGUGAUUCUAAUUCAAACCUGCCAAUACAGAAUUGUUUACAUUAUAUCAUUUAAAAAUCAUUAAUUUAUCAUUCUCUUUGGACUAAAGCUAAAAGUCUUCAUUAGAAUUUCUUUUUAAGUGUCUUUUUAAUAUACUUAAAGUGUUUAAAAAUUCUUCUAAAAAUUAUAGAUAUGUUUUUUCUUUUUUUCUUUUUUGUAAUGUUUUAACAGAAAUGUAAAAUUUUUUAUUGCAUUUUGUCUUACAUUUUGCAUAAUUUAAUUAUAUUCUAGGAUUUUAGGUUGAAUCUGUCCAAAAAUAAUGGUUUGUACUAAUAAAACCACCCAUGAGUUGAUACAUAUUUUAGUUGCAAAAAAGAUGUAAACUCUGGAACUGUCUUUUAAUUGUGCAUUCUUCUCAAAUUUUAUUAGGUGAAGUUCAUUGUGUAGAAACAAAUGUGUAGAAACAAAUUAUUUUCUUUCCAUGUAAUCACUAAUAUUUUAGGUAUGAAAUCAACUUGAAGAAAUGAUCUAUUUAAAAUAAUUCAAAUUGAAGUAUUUUUUUUAUUGAUGUAAUGUGGCAUUGAUGCUGGCCCAGGCAUGCAUGAUUUUAUGGUAUUAAGUUCUACGAUUUGGUAGACCAAGCAGCAGAGGCUUACCAGAACUAUCUGAUACAAUAUACAGGAAUUGCCUGAUUUAGAAAUUUGAUCAUCUGUCAACAAUGUCCUUGUAAGCUUUUGUAGAAAUUUUUGAACAGUUUUCUGUCAACCACAUUAAAUUUUUUUUAAUUGAUCAUGAAUGGUUUUCUCAGUGUAAACCAUUACUUUUAUCAAGGCCAUCAAGUAUUUAAUAAUUUUUGUAAAAAGUGUAGAUUUUGAAUAAUCAUCAUGUAGUAAAUUUUGCUGUUGAUCAUUUUGAAAUUUUUGCAACUCCUUCUAUUUAUAUUUUGCUGUUUUGCUACAUGUUUUUGUAUUUAUUUAAGAGCAUGUUUGUUAUAUCAUUUUUCAUUAAAUGAUUAAUGAUGUAUUUGUUAAAAUAGUGCUAUUUAGUAAUAUGUAUUAUUUAAAAGCAUAACUGGAGCUUGGGUGACUCAUUUAAAUACGAAUAUUUAAUAAGAAUUAGUUUCUUCAUAUUUAUGCAUGCCUUAAUUUAGUUCUGAAAAAUAGAUUUAGAAUUGUGAAAUUGAAUAAUGUUUUUAAAAAAUUGUGUUGUCUUCUGUGAACUUGGUAACAAUAUGUUGCCAAUUCUCAAAAAGCAAUUAAAAUUCAAUUUUUCAUGUACUUUAACAUAGGAUCUGUUCUCAAUAGAUCAAUAGUUAUUAAUCUUUAAAAAAAAGAAGAGAACCUUUUUAGCUCUUUCAAAAUAUUUCAUGAGCAAUAUAGAAAUGAGAUUUAAUAGAAAAUCAUAUUGCUUAGGAACUCAAUGAUUAUUCAAAGCAUGCAUAUUUCAUUAUAUUACUUCAUUCUUAGAUUCAACUCUCUACAAAUAUGUUUCCAUAUUUUGACCUGAUCCCUCCAUUUUAAUUUUAAUAUAAUACUGAUUUUUUGAAGUUUUCUAUUGAUAUAUAUUUAGUUUUGGUGUUGAAUUUUGCGAGAAGUUAAUGAAAUGAGCUAUGUAAAUUUCCCAAACUCGAAAAUGAAUGUUAAUUUUUCAUUUGAUAUACAUUGGUGUGAAUGAUUUGGUUGAUUGUAAAUUCUUCAAACUGGGUUUUUUAAACUUUUCCAACUUUUGCUCUCCCAUUCAGCUGGAAAUUUUUAAUGUAAUGCAUGUCUUUGCAUAUUAAAUUUUGUGCCAACAAUGGAUAUUAAUAAAAAAUGCAUGUGAUUUAAAUCAUUUGUGAUAACCACAAUGUAUUAAAAAUGAAAAGAAUGUUAAUAUUUGUUUACAGGAAUAAUUUUUUUCUUUUAGAAUUGAUAACUACUUAAAUUUUAAAACUGGUCACAAAGUUCCUCGGAAAUUGUUUCUGUCCUAUUUGUUUAUGAAGCAGAUUUAAUUAAAUAUGUUAGACCUGCAAUGCAUAUUUUAAAAUAAUUUUCAGUAGAAACUCUUUAAUUUUAUAUUAAUUAAUCCAAAACAUGCAGAAAAAAUUAUGAAAAUUUUUAAAUUGUGACCUUGUUUUUUGAUUAAAAUUAAUUUCAAAAUAUAAAUUGUUAACAUAUUUUAUUUAAAUUUUAUGAAGGAAAUGCUACGAAUUCAUCCAAAUGACCAUUUGAAUUAAUUGGAAAAAAAACAUAGACGGUUGUAUAACAGAUAUGAAUCCCUGCAAGUUCAUACUGAAA